UCCAAGCCGUUAGGUGGCGCUGCAGCUGGUUGAAAUUUCGGUCUCCGGUACUGCAGACACGAACUAUUGUCUUUUUAUGAUCUUUAGGGAGGUUUUACAAAUUCUAAACUCAUUGAAUUAUUGAUGUAGAAUAUAAAUACCUAUACAUACAUAUAUCCUUUUCUCAAGGUGUCCUGUGAAGAGCUUUACAGACGCCUCUUUGACACGAAGCCAACCCAGCGGAAGUAAACCAACAUAAAUCGGAAGUAAACAAAGAGCUAGCAACAUAGAUGGCUAGCAACCGUAGCUUCGUACGGUGGUGUGUUUAUGUGACGCAGGUAAAUAUUCCUGUUGUUAACGAAGGAGCGAUGUCUUCGCUUCAGCAUUUCAGAGAUUUAAUCGCCGAGCGACUAACUGUUGCUGCUGAAGAAAUAUUCAGACACGUCGAAAGAACCGUCGUAGAGUACGAGGAAGAGUUGGAUCGUCAGCGCAAACUGUUGGAGAUCGUUUGCAAACCUCGAGUAAAGUUACAGCGAAUAGAGCUUCCACAGCAGCAUAUCUGUAAAGAGGUGGAGGGUCUCACUGAGCAGCAGCUCUGUAACCAGGAGAGGAACUCCAGUCUGGACCAAGAGGAAUCAGAGUCACUACAGAUUAAAGAGGAGCAGGAGGAAACCUGCACCAGUCAUGAGGAAGAACAGCUUGAAGUGAAGCAGGAGGCUGAUACAUUAAUGUUGACUCCUGAUAAUGAGGAAAGUGACCACAUGGAACCAGAAACAGACAGUGACCACCAGCUCCUCUCUCACAGCUCUCCUGUAGUUCCGAGUCGAGAUCAGACGGGACGUCACCAAGUUGACUCUGUGUCUAAUAGAAAUGCAGAGUCAAAGCCACGCAAGAGACGUAACAGGAACAAAGUAGAAAACUGUCACACAUCAAAGAUUGAGUCUGAAACUCACACAGGUAAAAAGUCUUUUAAAUGUGACACUUGUGGAAAAAGUUUUGCUUAUAAGUCACAACUCGUUAUACAUAUGAAAGUUCACACAGGAGAGAAACCAUUUUCCUGUGAAACAUGUGGAAUGGGUUUUAAACACAGUUCGGAUUUGAUAAAACAUGACAGAAGUCACACAGAUGAGAAGCCACAUUCUUGUAAAACAUGUGGAAAGUGUUUUAGACACAGUUGGGAUUUGAUAAAACAUGAAAGAACUCACACAGGAGAGAAACCCUUUUCUUGUAAAACAUGUGGAAAGUGCUUUAGACACAGUUCGCAUUUAGUUAAUCAUGAAAGUACUCACACAGGUGAGAAGCCAUAUUUCUGUGAAACAUGUGGAAAGUGUUUUAGAUUAAGUGUACAAUUGGUGGUCCAUAAAAGAAUUCAUACAGGUGAAAAACCAUAUUCCUGUAAAACGUGUGGAAAGUGUUUUAGUCAAAGUUCACAUUUGGUAAAUCAUGAAAGUACUCACACAGGUGAGAAGCCAUAUUUCUGUGAAACAUGUGGAAAGUGUUUCAGACUCAAUGUACAAUUGAUGCUCCACAAAAGAAUUCACACAGGUGAAAAGCCACAUUCCUGUAAAACGUGUGGAAAGUGUUUUCGACUAAGUGCGCAAUUGAUGGUCCAUAAAAGAACUCACACAGGUGAGAAGCCAUAUUCAUGUAAAACAUGUGGAACGUCUUAUAGCCAAAGUUCGCAUUUGAUAAGGCACGAAAGGACUCACAGGUGAGUAGUCGUGUUCUUGUGAAAGAUGUGAAAAACACCAAAACCCUUUCUUCCACCACAUCGCCAACAUUUUACAGGAGUUUCACCGGCUCCCAAUAAAAUUCUCUAUCACUUUCGAAAUCCUCCUAUAUACAUUUAAGACAGUCCAUCACCUCACCCCUCUGUAUUUGGUCCACAUUACCACCCCUUCCCAUUCCCUCAGAUCCUCAUCUCACUGUCCGCCACCAUGGGGAUCACCAGCUGCUUAGCUCCGCAGCUCUCCUUACCAUCUCCCACCUCUUUAAAGAAGCAUACAUCACCUCACCACCUGCACACUAUGUAAAUGUGUUUUCUUUGUACAUUGGUUUAAACAUGUAUUUUAUUGUAAUGUACUGUGAUCUUAAUGUACUGUGUCCUUGGGUGUUUGGAAAAGUGCUUUUGAAUAAAAUGUAUUAUUGUCGUACUAUAUUUGGGAGAGAGGGAAAAAAAACAUUGAGUCUAAACUUCACACUAAGACAUAACAGUGUCUUAUUUUGCAUCAAUGUUUGUGGGUUUUAUUAAACAAUUUUUUGUUAUUAUAUGAUGAA